AUGGCAAACCCUAAUGUACUCACCUUCGAUGCUAAGGGUCGAGCGGUCGAUUUUGAGGUCUGGGUAGAUGAUUUGCAGCUGUUCCUGCAGUGCGAUAGCAAGGAUGGAGUCUCAUUGUUUGAUCUCACUUCUGGCGCCUCUGCUGCACCUGCUGCUGAUGCUGCCAGUACUGUUCGCUCACAGUGGACCGCGCGCGAUGCUGCUGCCCGUCUUGCUGUCCGUAGUCACCUGCCGUCUGCUGAGCGUGCGCACUUUAGCCAGUACAAGUCUGCUAGCACUCUGUACACUGCUGUUGUUGCGCGCUACUCCUCCCCUGCCACUGCUGCCCUUAGCCGCCUCAUGCUGCCGUACCUGUUCCCUGACCUAGCCGCUUUUGCCACAGUCGCUGACCUCAUUACGCACCUCCGCACUAGUGACACCCGCUACCGCGCUGCGCUUCCUGCCGAGUUCUACGCCAAGAACCCCCCCCCUAUGUACAUCACUCUCUACUACCUCGUCACCCGGCUCCCUGACUCCCUUUGCUCGGUCAGGGACCACUUCCUCUCCCUUUGCCCCACCACGCUCACCGUUGACCUCCUCGAGGAGCGCCUCCUUGCAGCUGAGAAGAGUAUAGUCGCUGUAGGAGCCUCUCGUGGUGACCCUCGUGCCCCUUUCUUUGAGGGGUGCUCCCCCGUCCCUCUUUUGCCCUCUGUUGCCUCUGCUGCUGCUGUCGACCUCGUUGGCACCGAGUCGGUCGGCGCUGCGUCUGCUCCUAGUGGCAGGCGCCGCAACAGCAAGGGCAAGGGGGGUGGAGGGGAUGGCGGGGGCGGCGGUAGUGGCGGUGGAGGAGGCGGAGGGGGUGGGGGUGGAGGUGGGAGUGGUGGCGUGAGUGGGGGCUUCGGUGGCAGCGGUGGAGGUGGAGGCGGCGGAGGCAGCGGGAGUGGGGGUGGAGGUGGCGGCGGCGGCGGAGGAGGUGGGGGUGGCGGGGGUGGUGGUGGGAAGCGGGGAGGCUCUAGCAGUGGCCAGCGCCAGCAGUCUGGGGGUGCUGGUCCCUGCACCUACGUUCUUCGCACCGGCGACCGCAGUGGAGAGACGUGCGGAGGCCCGCACACCACACCACGCUGCUUCGGCCGCCUGACUGACGCCUGGCGUACUCAGUUCCCUGGCUCCGCUGAGAUCCCUCGCUGGGAUAUUCUGCUUAAGUCGGGGGUUGCUAUCUUUGAUCUUGAUUAUGAUGCUGUGUCUAUUAGUGCUGAGGGUGACUGUUACCUGUGUGUUCCGUCCGACCCGGGCAUUGAGGCUGCUGCUCUAGGUGCUAGUGAGUCUGCUGCUCCAGGUGCUGGUGAGGCUGCUCUCUCAGGUACCGCGUCGACUCAGGUCUUGCACACUUUCACCCUUGACUCGGGUGCUUCCCGUUCCUUCUUUCGCGACUGCACCACACUCUCGCCGCUCAGUCGGCCGGUGGCAGUCUCUCUGGCUGACCCCUCUGGGGAACCAGUUGUGGCCCGUUCCUCCACUGUCCUCCCAUGUCCUGCUGCUCCGUCCGGCUCGCUGUCUGGUCUUCACCUCCCCUCGUUCUCUACGAACUUGGUGACGGGUGCUGAUCUUCAGGAUGGGGGUGUUCACCAGUUCACCCCUGCCUACCAGCGUGUGACGCACUGCACGUGUGCUCGGACAGGCCGUCACCUGGCCACGUUCACCCGUAGGCCAGGGUCCAGCCUGUACACCCUUACCACUGCGUCUCCUCCUAGUCAGGUAGCCGCGUCGGGUCAGGUGUUUGCUGCAGCGUCCCGGUCUGGCCCUGAGUCUGCCCCCUGCUCGUGUCGCCUCCUGGCCCACGAGACUCUCCUUUGGCACCACCGCCUUGGUCACCCCUCCCUGCCUCGUCUUCGAGGCAUGGCCUCCCGUGUCCUGGUCUCAGGUCUUCCUGAGUCCCUCCCACCUCUUCCUCCGGGGCCUGCCCCUACCUGCGUUCCCUGCGUCGAGGGCCGGCAGCGCGCCGCUCCUCACUCCUCCGAGUUUCCCCCCACAGAGGCUCCCCUGCAGACUCUUCACAUGGACGUGUGGGGCCCAGCCCGCGUCCGUGGACAGGGUCACGAGCGUUACUUCCUGCUGGUUGUUGACGACUACUCGCGUUACACCACGGUCUUCCCCUUGCGCCGCAAGGGUGAGGUCACUGAGGUGUUGAUCGACUGGAUCCGCGCUGCUCGUCUCCAGCUCAGAGAGAGUUUCGGCUCGGACUUUCCUGUUGUGCGUCUGCACUCAGACAGAGGUGGAGAGUUUUCCUCUGACCUUCUGCGGGCCUUCUGUCGGGCGGAGGGCAUCCGCCAGACGUUCACGCUUCCGGCCUCUCCACAGCAAAAUGGGAUUGCUGAGCGCCGCAUUGGCAUGGUCAUGGAUGUCGCUCGUACGUCCAUGAUCCAUGCGGCUGCUCCCCAUUUUCUGUGGCCGUUCGCGGUUCAGUACGCGGCGCAUCAGAUCAACCUCCAGCCCCGGGUCUCCAUGCCGGAGACCACCCCCACUCUGCGGUGGACGGGGAAGGUUGGCGAUGCGUCGGUGUUCCGUGUCUGGGGAUCUCGAGCUUUUGUCCGCGACUUGUCUGCGGACAAGCUGUCCUCCCGUGCCGUUCCCUGCGUCUUCCUUUGCUUCCCCCCUGACGCGCCUGGUUGGCAGUUUUACGACCCCACCUCGCGCCGUGUUCUGUCCUCUCAGGACGUCACGUUUGACGAGUCGGUUCCUUACUACCGUCUCUUCCCCUACCGCACUGCCCCCCUCCCCCCCCCGCCGCUCUUCCUCGCGCCAGGUCCUCCUCCGGUAGACCCCCUCCCCCCUCAGGGUCCUGCCCCCUCAGGUGUGUCUCAGGUAGACGCAGUCGAGCCUGUUGAGGUAGCUGUUGACUCUGGUGCUGCUAGGGGUGCUGAGCCUGAGGGUGCCGGGUCUGGGGGUGCUGAGCCUGGGGGGGUCUUCGUGCUGGACCCUGAGGGGUCUCCACGGCAGCUUCGUGAGUGGUACGCUCGGCGCUGUAGCCGUGCUGCUGGAGCUGGGGGGCCUACUGCUGGAGGUGCUGCUGGUGCUGGAGCUGCUGGAGGUGCUGCUGGUGCUGGAGCUGCUGGAGGUGCUGCUGGUGCUGGAGCUGCUGGUGGUGCUGCUGGAGGUGCUGUUGGUGCUGGUGCUGCUGGAGGUGCUGCUGGUGCUGGUGCUGCUGGAGGUGCUGCUGGUGCUGGUGCUGCUGGAGCUGCUGCUGGUGCUGGAGCUGCUGGAGGUGCUGCUGGUGCUGGAGCUGCUGGAGGUGCUGCUGGUUCUGGAGCUGCUAGAGCCGCUGGUCCUGGAGGUGCUCGUACUGGAGGUACUGGAGGUACUGGAGCUGCUGGGACUGGAGCUGCUGCGGGAGUUGGAGCUGGAGGUGCUGGAGGUGCUGGAGCUGCUGGUGGUGCUGCGGGAGUUGUAGUUGGAGACCCUGGGGCUGAGGGUGCUGGUGCUGUCUCUGCUGGUUCAGGAGGUGCUGCGAGGCCGCGGCCGUACUACGUUCCGCUCCUUCAGCAGGUUCUUGGCCUCCCGCCCUCUACUGGUCCUACUCCUCCCCUACUGAGUCCACCGCCUGUCCAGUCGCAGUCACAGUUUCAGCUUGCUUCUCCGCUGCCUGGUCCUUCUCCUUACGCUGGGCCGACUAGAGGUCUUACGGAGCGUCGUGAGCCUGAGUCUCGUCCAGCGUCGCCUGAGUCUCGUCCUGGGUCACCUGUCCGAGCUGUCCGCGCUGGUCGUCGUGUUCCGCGUGAGCGUCCUCCUCCUGUCCCUGGCACUCACUAUAUGACUCUGCGUCCUUCCACUGCUCCACAGCAUGUCCCUCUGCCGUCACCUCCUGCGUCUUCUCUUCCUGACGGUCUGGACCCGGAGUCUGACUCUCUUCGUGCUGCCAGUCCUACUGUCACACGUUUCCUCGCUACUGUUGUCACUGACCCUUCCUUUGAGUCCGCUGCUGCGUCUGCUCUAGUUGCUGAGCUUGUUGACUUUGCUGCCGCCUGUCGUCUAGACUACGCCGCUAGCCUUGUUGCAGAGUCUGAGUCUGAGUCUGUCUGUCCUCCGUCCGUCGGGGGUGAGUGUGCUCUAGGCACGGACGUCCUUGAGGACAGACAGGAGGAGUUUGAGUGCUUUGCCGCUGCUUUACCUCAUCUCGUGUCCAUGCUGAUUGCCCCUGAGGGAGACCCGGAUGCACCAGACAUCCCGAUCCCGCGCUCUUACGCAGAGGCGAUAGAGGGUCCCUACUCCUCUCAGUGGCAGUCGGCCAUGGACGUAGAGAUGGCUUCCUGGAAGUCCACAGGCACCUACGUCGACGAGGUUCCCCCACCUGGGGCGAACAUCGUCAGUGGCACGUGGAUUUUCAGGGUGAAGCGGCCGCCGGGUUCUCCGCCUGUCUUCAAGGCGCGUUACGUUGCACGAGGCUUCAGUCAGCGUGAGGGAGUUGACUUCUUCCAGACCUUCUCCCCGACCCCGAAGAUGACCACUCUUCGGGUUCUGCUGCACGUCGCCGCUCAGCGUGACUACGAGCUCCACUCUCUUGACUUCAGCACUGCUUUCCUACAGGGCAGCCUGCACGAGGAGAUCUGGCUGCGCCGCCCACCUGGCUUCACUGGGUCGUUUCCUCCUGGUACCCAGUGGAGCCUCCGGCGGCCAGUCUACGGUCUCCGCCAGGCACCCCGUGAGUGGCACGACACACUGAGGACUACUCUUGCUGCUCUUGGGUUUGCUCCUUCUACUGCUGACCCGUCGCUGUUUCUACGCAUCGACACCACUCUGCCGCCGUUCUACGUUCUCGUGUACGUAGACGACCUGGUCUUUGCUACUGCUGACACUGAGGCACUCGCCCACGUGAAGUCGGAGCUGCAGAAGAGACACACGUGCACAGACAUGAAAAAUUAUGAAAUAAAUUUCAAAUUUUAA